AUGUCGCUCCCUCCCGAUCCUGCGUCUGCGCCGUCGCCUGUGCCUCCUGGUGACCUGGCCCCUGCGCCUGUUGUGGCGCCACCCCCUGCCGUGGCGUCGUCGUCCACGCCUGCUGUGGUGACAGCCCCUGCUCCUGAAGUGGCGUACCUGGGAGCACGCGGUGUGGCGUCUGCUCCUGCGCCUGCUGCGGCGACUGCACCGGUGCCGGCAGCCGCGUCUGCUCCUGCGCCUGACGCGGCGCCUGCUCUAGCGCAACCUCCUGUGCCCGCUGCUGCGGCUUCGUAUGCGGCUGCUGCGGCGGCCUCCGUGCCGCCGCAGGCUGCGCCCGCCGGGGCGCCUUCUGCUGCUGCUACUGACCCGUCUUACCAGCUGCCUCCAGCCACCAGCGCCGUCCUGUGCAGGCGCACGCGUCUCUGA